AUGUCUCGGGCUGUUCAUCUUCCAGUUCCCUGUCCCGUUCAGCUUGGUUCCUUAAGAAAUGACUCCUUGGAAGCUCAGCUGCAUGAGUAUGUCAAACAAGGGAACUAUGUGAAAGUGAAGAAGAUUCUUAAGAAAGGGUUAAGGAAUUUGCCCAAGAUGCCACAAUCGAUGGUGGAGUUCAUGCAGCGCUGUGCCUCACACAUGCAGGCCAUCAUACAGGGUUUCUCUUAUGACCUCCUGAAGAAGAUCGACUCCCCUCAGCGGCUCAUCUGUGGCCCACCCCGGUUUGGCGGUCUCAUACAGGGCUCAGUUCAGGGAAAGGAGUCCAGCUUUGGAGCCGGGGGGCCCUGGCGCUCCCAGUUCCCUGUGCUGCACAUGGAGGUGAUCGUGCACCUGCUGCUCCAGAUGUCCGAUGCCCUGAGAUACUUGCAUUCCCGGGGGUUUAUCCACCGCUCCCUCAGCUCCUAUGCCAUCCACAUCGUCUCCACAGGCGAAGCAAGGCUAACCAACCUGGAGUAUAUGAUGGAAAGAAACCCCAAUGGCUCUCCUAAUCGUCUGCUUAAAGCUGGAGUCAUUUCUGCGCAAAAUAUCUACAGCUUUGGCUUUGGGAAGACAGAUAACAUACCCUGGAAUGGUUUAGAUGGCUCAGUUAUCAAAGAAGCCAUAGUCUUGGGAAAUUAUUUAGAAGCUGAUGUCAGGCUUCCAAAGCCUUACUAUGAUAUUGUUAAGUCAGGCAUCCAGGUCAAGCAGAAAGACCGAAAUAUGAACCUUCAAGAUAUCCGGUACAUUCUGAAGAAUGACUUAAAGGAUUUUCUUGGAACCCAGAGAACUCAGCCAACUGAGAGCCCCAAGGUGCAGAGAUAUGAACUCCAUCCUGAUGUCAAUGUCUAUCUAGGACUGACCUCAGAACAUCUGAAAGAGACCCCUAACUUGGAAAUAAAAGAGCUAAAGGAAAUGGGGAGUCGGCUUCAUUCAUCCAGGGGUCCCUCUUCUCCCACUGAGAAAGCGACACCAGAUCCUCAAGUCCUAGAUCCAAGUAUGAUGGCCAAGGAGACUCAGAACCAAGACGCUGCUUCACCUGCUGGCUCUGUGGCGGAAGAGGCCAGGAGCCCCAGCCCAGGUCAAGCAAGCCUCUGUAGCUUCGAAAUCAACGAAAUCUACUCGGGCUGCCUGGACAGGGGAGAUGACAAAGAGAAGGAGCCUCCGGGAGCCGGUUCAUCUUUUGAGGGGGCUGGACCAAGCCAGGCAGAUGAACUGACGUCCAUGGAAGAAGAGCUGGACAAGAUGGAGAGAGAGGCGUGCUGUUUUUGUGAUGAGGACGAGAGCUCUUCAGAAGCUAGCACAGAGCUCUCCUUUGAGGACUGGGAUUGGCAAAAUGGUUCUCUUAGUUCACCCAGCUUGCCCGAGCCAGCCAGAGAAGCCAAGGGCAAUGUGAGCAAUAGGUGCAUGACCGAGGAGUACAUCAGUAAGUGUGUGCUGAAUCUAAAGAUUUCACAGACAUUAAUGCACCAGAAUGCCGAUUUGCUCAGGAAUAUCCAACAGAAAAUCGAUAAGCUUGAGAUGAUACAGAGGGAGCAGGAGGAGUGCAGGUCUUUGUGGGCUUCUUCAAGAGAGUUCGCAAACAUCUAUGACUUCCCUUCAGCCCUGGGCCCCCCAGCUUCCAGCUAUGUACCUCCUGUCAGGCAGCUGCCGGGCCAGCAGCUGAACACCAGUGGCAAUUGCCUAACCCUGACAAGGUCUUCCAUAGUGAGAGACUUCGAAGGGGGACAUUUUGGCAAAAGGUCCAGGAAAAGAAGUGGCUGUGGCUGGAAACCUGUCACCCAAGUCUCUGAAGAAAGCACUGGAGAUGAGUCAGAGAAGAGCCAUCAGCUGCCAACUUUUUGUGGACCUGGAAAACAGAGCACAAGUGGCCAGUCACAGCCCAUUCAAGGAGCCAAAUGUAGUUUGGAAAGAAACAGGACCCCAAAUACCAGUAGCCAGGGACGGUCUAAAGAGUCCAGUGCCCGAACCAAGCUGACUCAGCUUACUAGUGCACUUGUUACUGUGUCAAGCCACCCCAAGGGACCUCCUGUGUCAUCUGGCCCUGGCCAGGGCUCUACUAGGAUCAGUAUGGAGUCCGUCUCUUCUGAAAUCUGUAACGCAAAGUCAAGAAAUAAUGAAGAUGAUGGAGAGGUAUACUUGAAAUGGAAAAUGGAGGUGAAAGAUAUGGCAGAGAGAGCAGCUACUGGGCAGCUGGUGGUACCACCUUGGCAUCCUCAGAGUAGUGUGACUUCAGAGGGUGAGGCGAAGAAUGUGCCUGAUCCCCUGCUGCAGCCCCUGCUGAGGGACCCUGAGAAAGUGGGCUGGCAGUGCAUUGUAGAGUAUCCCAGGAAAAAUGAUGAGCCAGGAGGAAAUGGCAAGUGUGACAAAAUGGACAACAGUGACUGUGACAGUGACCAGCAUGGCAGACAGCCUGGGCCUCGAAGCUGCACCAGUAUCAGGCACCUGUCUCCCAGAAAAAAUGAGCAGCCAGAACAUAGUGAAGUCUUUCAAGCAAGUUCUGAUGCAUCUGUGGUCGUUGAGAAAUCUCAUAGCGAUCAGUCUGUGCGAUCAACUUGUUCACCAGAAUCUUCUGAGGACAUAACAGAUGAAUUUUUAACUCCAGACCAUGAAUAUUUUUAUUCCUCAACUGCUCAAGAAAACUUAGCUCUAGAGACCUCAAGCCCCAUAGAAGAGGACUUUGAAGGAAUACAAGAUGCAUUUGCCCAACCUCCAGGCUCUGGUAAUAAGCUCUUUCGUACCAGGUUAGUGCACUCUGCUAACAGGGGAUUCAUAUACUUUUCUCACUUUCUCUCUUACAGUACUGAAGGUGAACAAGAGGAGACAUUAAAGGAAUCACCAGGGGAGCUGAAGGAGAAAGACAUAUCACUGACAGACAUUCAAGACCUUUCUAGUAUCUCCUACGAACAAGAUGGUUCUUUUAAAGAAGUCUCAUGCAAAACCCCCAAAAUAAACCACGCACCUACAAGUGUCAGCACUCCGCUCAGCCCAGGGUCAAGUUCUUCAGCUGCCAGUCGGUAUAAAGACUGCCUUGAAAGUAUCACAUUUCAGAUUAAAACAGGGUCUACCUCAUACUGGAACAGUCAGGAAUCUAUUCAAACUUCAUCUGAUAGAUUUUCAACCGUUCGAGAGGAAGCAAAGAGCCUAGAUUCCUUUCUUACUUCCUCUGAAACUGUUCCUUCAAGACUGACUGAUCUUAAAAGAUUGUCUGCAUUUACUGGGGCUGGUUCCUCCAGCAUUGCUAAGUCACCUGACACAUCAUCAUCCCAUGCCACCCAGAGAAGGAGCCUGCCAAAAGCACUAGUAGAAGCCAUUUCACAGCGUCACAUUGAUGAGCUACCACCACCAUCUCAGGAGCUGCUUGACGAAAUUGAGCACUUGAAGCAGGAGCAGGCCUCAUCCACAGUGUUGGGGGAGAACACAGCAAGUCAUCUGGGCAUCACUGCAAAUGAUCAAAGGCAUUUAGAAGAACAAGCAACUAACUGUGAAAAAGAACAUAGCAGUGUGCUUUGGACCAAAGAAACUCAGGAUCUAGAAGAGGACACAGAGAGAGCUCACUCUACUCUCGAUGAGGACCUAGAAAGAUGGCUACAGCCCCCUGAGGACAGCAUGGAGCUACAAGAUCUCCCUGAAGGUUCUACAAGGGAGGCAAAUAUCAAGGACCAAGAAGCUGGUGAAAAGAAGACAAAAGAGGAAGAAAGGAUCAAAUCAGAGAGAAGGAAAUCAGACAGUUUUUUAGGAACUUCUGAAGAAGAGGAACUAAAACCCUGUUUUUGGAAGCGACUGGGUUGGUCUGAACCAUCCAGGAUAAUCGUGCUGGAUCAGAGUGACUUGUCUGACUGACGGGAAUUGGAUCAUAGGUGGACUCCUGGCCUGAGUUGGAGCAUCCUGCUCGAGAGCCCCCGCCUCUCCUCACCUGCUUCAGUCACCAUCAGGGCAGUGAUUCCGUAGCUCACACUCUGUUCAGUUGCCACAAUAGACAGAACACUGGCCCCAUCUGUUUGCAGCACAUGUAACAAUUUGUUUCUGGUUCACAUUUCUGAAAAGUGAAAGCUUUUAUUGUAAAAUUUUCUCAUUGUUUCCAGAAUGGCUUUUGGUUUUGUUGUUUAAGAUUUUUGAACACUUUAA